AUGAACGUCGACCUCAGCCGGGCACACGACUUAUUCUUUGGGCCACCCUCAGAGCCCAUCGAGGUCGGCAAAUUCAUCGAGGAAACAGCCCGGAUACACGCUGCUACUGCUGAAGAUGUGCUCACACAUCCUAGUUGGCAGGAACUCUCUGCAGAAAGCCGGGCCGCGAUCGAAGCAGAGUGUUCAGGGAGCAUCGCUGAACUGAAGACGACCAUUGAGGAUGUGUGGAAUAACCCGAUGAUUUCUGCACAUCUGUACACCAAGCAUGACGACGCAAUAUCUUCUGCUCUCGGACAGGCGGAUGGCUUGGCUCAGAAAGGGCGCAAGCGAAAACGCUUGGAUCUGGCUGAUCAGAGUCGCGAUACUCCCGAGCUCCAGGCUUUGCAAGAAUAUCUGCAAUCCGUCCCUCUCAGAUGUUGGGAAUUCGGCAAAGAAUCAUCCCUGUUCAUGAGGACAUCCAGGAACUCAGACUUCAAUGCUUUCCGCUCAGUCAAGAAGACGGGGCAGGGAAACUUGUCACGACACUAUCAACUCACUGAUUUCUCGUACGAUUUGAACCCUGAAGAGCCAACUACCCCAGAUGCUUUGAUCACUCUCACGGUCUACAAUCGUGUUCCUUGGGUACAAAGUUACCUAGUCCGCAUGUCCCAACAUGCCGUACUAGCAUCUCAAACCCUCGAGGACUUCAUGCGGUCCAUCCUCUGUGACUCCAGUGAGAUGCCAGUAGAGGAAGUCGACGCGGAGGGUGAUGUCACCGGAUAUUCCCUUGAUACUCGUUCUUCAGAUGGGGAGGAAGGCUGCUUGUUGUUGAUAGAGGACGUUGUCUAUGGUGACGGUCGGCCGGGUGUGGAUUAUGCAGAAAAACUAUUAUCGCACGUGUCAAAGUUGCCGCAGGAGAAACGUCCUGUGAUAACGAAGUCUUCUGCGGCACUCGGCCGAACCACAUUCAAUUCCCUCACACUACGAAUCAACCAACCAUAUUGGAUGCUUCAUCAAGGCAAUUGCGAACAUUUUAUCGUGGUUGAUCAAAUCAGGCUUCCGCAUCCAUCAGAUCCAGCAUCGGGGUAUCCACUGAUGCUUCACUUGACGCCUGCGCUUUCCGAGCUCUGCAAAGCAUGUUCUAAAGCUCCCGCGGUCAUAUCCGUCGUUGGCGACAUCCGACUUGGGGAAAGCCCUUGUCUGCUUUGUGGGCCGUGCUGGCGUUCCACGGGUUCUCCGAAGGACGACGGCGAAGUCAUGGUCGUGCCGUUGGUGGCUCACAACCGCUCAUGGGCUGAAGGAGGUGGUCGGAGAUAG